AUGGUGGCUUUCAAAGGUAGGGCUUCCCUAAAGCAAUAUAUGCCAAUGAAGCCUACAAAACACAAAUUUAAAAUUUGGGUUGCAGCCUGCAGUGUUACAGGGCACAUGUUAUCCUUUCAAGUGUAUGAAGGAAAAUCUGAAUUCAAAGAAGAUGGUUCUCUAGGUGAGAAGGUUGUUUUGUCACUUUCAAAACCAUUCCAGUUUUUAGGGUACUGCCUCUUUCUUGACAGAUUUUUUACUAAAUUACCAUUGCUUCCUAAAUUAUUGACUAGAGGAAUGUUUGGUUGUGAAACAAUGCUUCAAAAUAGAAAAUAUUUUCCUAAAAUGUUAUUGAAAGCUGACAAGCAGAUGAAAUUAGGACAGCAUGACUCUGUUAUAGAAGAUGAUAUUUCUAUAACAAAAUUGAAAGACAGAGGUACAAAAUCAGUAGAAAUUGGGAGCAACAUGCAUAACCCUAGUGAGAUGUCUCAAGUGUCUGGGAGAAACAAGAAGAGUGAAAAGGAAAGUAUUGAGUGUCCCAAGGCUAUUGCUGACUAUAAUAGCUACAUGGGAGGGGUUGAUAAAUUUGAGCAACUGAUGUCUGCCUACAGUGUUUCAUGGAAAUCCAGAAAGUGGUGGAGAAAAUUAUUCUAUUAUUUUCUGGAUGCUGCAGUUGUCAAUUCCUUCAUUCUUUAUUAUGACACUGCAAAAUGGCACAGUCUUAUAAAGGAAGGCCACUGCCACAUCUAA